AUGGAGCGUCAGCGUCGGUCGUAUUCUGUGCAUAAAGGCACGAUUAUUACUCGAAAGACCCACCUGGUUGCCAUGAUGAAACGCAAACAAAAUGAGCUUGAGAAAAGUGGUCGGACACUUUAUCAAGCUGUGGGAAUGGCAAUUCCCCAACUGGUGCAGUUGGUCAACAAAUACCAGCAGCAGGGAUACCGUGUCCAGCUCGAUACUGACACCAUUGAGUUGGUGGACGAUGUUAUAAAUGAUAAUGCUUGUGUUCAAAGACAACCGAUGUUAUGGUUAAUGAAUCAUCCGGAAAUGCCAUAUGGUGGAAGCGGUCCAUUAGCAGGUUUAAAAUGA